AUGCUAGAUCUUCCCGACCAUGUGUGGUCGCUCGUUUUCAGCCAACUCGAGUAUCCCAUCAGAGAGGCAACCUUUUCCAGCGAGUGUCAAUGGAGUGAGCCAGACACUAGCGGGCUCACAACGCUAUCACGGCUCUGUCAGACCUCGUCCCGGUUUCUGAGACUUGCUCGACGGGUCCUGUAUCGCAGCUUGCCACUAGAUAAUUGGAGGAUUCACAAACGGCUUUUGUCUACCCUCCAUCAGCACUCAUACCUCACAGAAUACGUUGAAAAUGUUGUCUUGGGCGAGGGCGUUUUUUCUCGCGACGAAAUGGCCUCACUCCUCCAGCCAUACUAUUCCAAGACACUGCAACAGCCUUCAUCAAAGCCCGGGAGCCUUGAAGCAGCCCUCAGAGAGUUCCUUGACGGCCCGGAGUGGCCAGAGGGUGGACCCGAUAUUUGGUUCACUCAUUGUGCCAAUCUUCUGCCCAACUUGAAGCUGCUCCAGUACGCAACACGAAGCUUCGACGAACUCUUCCCGGCUAUUAUUCGGCAAGCAGCUGAGCCGGAGCCGAAAGAACUUGUCCCGCUGUCUAAAAUAGUAGAGUUCCGUAUCAGUAACCAAGACACAGAAUUGGCGGUGCGACUGCAGUACAUCCAGGAAUUGUUCCUCCUGCCCCAGCUGGAAAUAUUCCGUGGCUGUGCCGUGGACCUCAAUACCACAUUGGCAGCACCGGGACAGACACCUGAACAGCAGCCCCGACAGUCAAACUCUCUGAGGCAUGCAUACUUUACAGACUCGCUCGCCGAGGCGGACGGUAUCUGUGAUAUUCUACGCACAUGCCCCUCCUUGCAAACAUUUUCAAUGACAUGGGGAUCCGCCACGGUUGGAGACAGUUAUCUCAACUUUGAUCUUAUUGGCAAGGCGCUGCGGGAACAUGGGACGAGCCUCGAGGUUCUGGUUCUAAACUGCCAGGAAUGUCUCUGGUACGACAUAGGAGAGACACAGGGCAAACUCGGCGACCUCCAGGCACUGAAGCACCUAAAACAUCUGUCAUUGCCCGAAGCCAUCUUGCUCGGCAGUGAAGACGAACUGAGCGGGAUGGAUAAGGUGGGCGAUGACGAGGAGGAUGAAGAUGGCGAGGACCCGAUUACGGCAGAUAGUCUGGAACCGCUUCUGCCGGAGUCUUUGGAGUCUCUGCGUUUCUACAGUUGUUAUGACGAAGAAGCAUGGGUGCGCAACAGUAUCCAAGGCGUCCUAUCCAGUGAACGGCUGAACCGGCUCAAGAAGCUUCAGUUGGAUGAUGCUGCGGAUACUGGUAUAGAGUGGGACCUCACCGGUUGGCAAAGCAAGAAAGUUUCGGGUCACUUGAUUCUCUCUAGAUGA